GAGCCUGUGGACUUUGCAAAAUGGGAGGCUCCAAUAGUUACACCCCUAAAGAAAGACGGCAGUGUGAGAAUCUGCGCUGAUUACAAGAUGUCAUUGAACAGAUAUUUGCAAAUCAGCGCCUAUCCAGUCCCUGUGAUCCAACAUCUUCUACAUUCUUUUGAGCCAGGAACCAUUUUCGCCAAAUUAGACAUGUCACAGGCCUAUCAACAGUUCCCUGUAGAUGACACAGCCACAGAACUGCAGACUAUAGUAACGCACAGGGACGCUUUCAAAUGCAGGCACCUCCAGUUUGGCGUAAGCGUAGCCCCUGGGAUUUUCCAAUCCUUAAUGGAAAGACUUCUCCAAGGACUCCCAGGCGUAGUCCCCUACUUCGAUGACAUUUUAAUAUCGGCCAUUGACAAGCCCCAAUUACUGCAAGGAGUCAGAGCAGUCCUCGAUUGUUUCAGACAGCAUGGCCUCAAGUUAAAAAAAGACAAGUGCACUAUUGCCACUAAACAAGUAGAAUUUUUGGGUUAUAGAAUUGAUGCCUCUGGCUACCAGGCCUGCUCCACCCACAUCUACUCCAGGCAGGUGGGAAGAUUCUGGGGCCCCUUGGUCCCGGCUGCAUAUUGAUCUAGCUGGCCCUGUUCAUGGGCGAACAUUCCUGGUAAUGGUGGAUUCCUUCUCAAAAUGGAUAGACCUGGCCUUACUGACCACCACAACUUCACAGGCUGUUACAAAGGCUCUAACUAAGGUAUUCGUUACCCAUGGCCUCCCUGACACCAUUGUGUCUGAUAACGACCCCCAGUUUACUUCCU